CUUCUCUUUCUUUAUUUAUUCAUAGUUUCAACAAGCACUCUCUCACAAAAUAAAAUAAUAAUUAUUUAUUUAUUAUAUUCGUUUCGUGUGUUCCUCUCUCAAUUCUGAGAUCAAAUGGAUCUGAAUUCUCUAACUUUCUAGCGGGAAAGUCACCUGACUUUCAAUUCUUAUGGACCAUUGGAUCAAUUGUGUGGUUCAACCAGCACCAUGUCUCCAUUUUUAUUUUUAUUUUAAUAAAAAAUUAAAGGCAAAAGAAUUCUACACACCAAAUUUUGAUCUUAUUAUCCUCUGCUACACCAUAUCUUUCAAGUUAAUCACCAUUAUACCAUCGUCGUCGACUGAAACAACCACCACCAUCAUCAAAUCCGGCCAAAAACCGCCACUGCAUUCCCACUCGGUGAGGGAGGUUUUUUUCUCAAUAUUAUAUUCAAGGCUUUAGAAGAAAUCUUCCGAACGAAGACACGGUGACAACGGCGGCGGUCAACAACAUAGUAGACGAAGGUCGGCGGCAAAGAAGCUCGACUUCGAUUUUGUGGCAGGUGCAGUUCCCGCAAUAAAGUUAGAGGACAGCGGUGUCUGAGAUCAAACAUCAUCCAUCAGGGAGCUUCGAGACUUGAUACUCUGCUGUUUCAAUCAUCACAAAAUGUUUUUUGAUGGAUAUGGAUAUCAUGGGACAUCGUUUGAGCAGACGUACCGAUGUUACCCUGCUUCUUUUAUUGAAAAGCCCCAACUUGAAAGUGGUGACAAAAUUAUAAUGCCUCCAUCAGCCCUUGAUCGUCUAGCAUCUCUGCAUAUUGAUUAUCCGAUGUUGUUCGAACUUCGUAAUGACGCUGCUGAGCGGGUUUCUCAUUGUGGUGUUCUGGAGUUCAUUGCAGAGGAAGGCAUGAUAUACAUGCCAUACUGGAUGAUGGAGAACAUGCUUUUACAAGAGGGGGACAUUGUAAGAGUGAAAAAUGUGACACUUCCAAAGGGAACAUAUGUUAAGUUACAGCCUCACACUAAAGACUUCUUGGAUAUUUCCAAUCCAAAGGCUAUCUUAGAAACUACGCUGAGGAAUUUUUCCUGCCUGACUACUGGAGAUAGCAUUAUGGUGGCUUACAAUAACAAAAAAUAUUAUAUUGAUAUUAUUGAAAGCAAGCCUGCCAAUGCUAUAAGCAUCAUUGAGACUGACUGUGAAGUGGACUUCGCCCCUCCCUUAGAUUACAAGGAACCUGAAAAGCCCAUUGCUGCAUGUUCUGCCGGAAAGGCACCAGAAGCUGAUAAAGAAACCCCUGCUGAAGAACCCAAGUUCAACCCAUUUACUGGAUCUGGGAGACGCUUGGACGGAAAGCCUUUGAGUUAUCAGCCUCCACCAGUUACUUCCUCUGGCUCCAAGGACAAGAGUCCUGCUGCUCCAAAUGUGAAUUCACAGUCUUCCACAGCUUCUAGUUCACAAAGUAAUGCUCCUCAAACUCAGGGCAAGCUUGUGUUUGGGUCAAAUCCAAACCGCAGUAAAGAAACCGGAAAGGCAACUGAGGCCAAAGCAAAACAAGAACCCCCCAAAGAGAAAGAAGAAGAUAAAUUUCAGCCUUUCACCGGGAAGAAGUAUUCUUUAAGAGGUUGAUUAAUAUAUUAACUUAAACACUUUUAAACUUUUAUUAUAAGUUACUUUGUUGGCCUGUGCAUGGAUCCAAGUCUAUUGCAAAACCUGUAUCUUUUUUGCUUUUUGUAUUAUAAGCAAAAGACAGACCAAACCUGUAGACGCCACAAAAAAUAACUAGAUGUUUACCUUAAAUUAUUAUUACUUGUCAAUGACUACAUAUUCUUCUCUGGCGCUAAA